AAGACCGGCUCCGGGUUGGGUCGAGCGUCCGGGCGCGGGAUGGACUGAAGCCGCGGUGCCCCUCCGAGGGGGUGGGUGGGAAGGGGUCACGGUGCGGAGAGAAGCGCACGGGAAGGAGGCGCCGGCGAAUUCGGGGUUCCGCUGGAAGAGAGCGCUUCGCCGGGGCCAUGGAUUCUGGACCCCUGCUGCUGAGCGUUUUCACUUUGCUCUUCUCCGGCUUGUGGCAUCCGGGAUUAACAGCGACAAAUUACAACUGUGAUGACCCGCUAGCGUCCCUGCUUUCUCCAAUGGCCUUUUCCAGUUCCUCAGACCUCACUGGGACUCACAGCCCGGCUCAGCUCAACCGAAGAGUUGGAGCUGGCGGGUGGUCCCCGGAAGAUUCCAACGCUCAGCAGUGGCUGCAGAUGGACCUGGGGGGCAGAGUGGAGGUCACCGCGGUGGCCACGCAGGGGAGAUACGGGAGCUCUGACUGGGUGACGAGCUACAGCCUCCUGUUCAGUGACACGGGACACAACUGGAAACAGUACCAGCAAGAAGACAGCAUCUGGACCUUUGCUGGGAACACGAAUGCAGACGGCGUGAUGCACCAUAGGCUGCUGCACCCAGUGAGAGCCCGGUUUGUGCGCUUUGUGCCCCUGGAGUGGAACCCGAGUGGGAAGAUUGGCAUGCGGGUUGAGGUCUAUGGAUGCUCCUACAAAUCCGAUGUUGCUGACUUUGAUGGCAGGAGCUCCCUGCUGUACAGGUUCAAUCAGAAGCUGCUGAGCACCCUCAAAGACGUGAUCUCUCUGAAGUUCAAGAGCAUCCAAGGGGAUGGGGUCCUGUUCCAUGGAGAAGGUCAGCGUGGAGACUACAUCACGCUGGAGCUCCAGAAAGGGAGGCUCGCCCUUCACCUCAACUUGGAUGACAGCAAAACCCGGCUCAGCAGCAGCCCGCCAUCAGCCACCCUGGGGAGCCUCCUGGAUGACCAGCACUGGCACUCGGUCCUCAUUGAGCGGGUGGGCAAGCACGUGAACUUCACCGUGGACAAGUACACGCAGCAUUUCCGGACCAAGGGAGAGGCCGAUGCCUUAGACAUCGACUAUGAGCUUAGUUUUGGAGGAAUUCCAGUACCAGGCAAACCUGGGACCUUCUUAAAGAAAAACUUCCAGGGAUGCAUGGAAAAUCUCUAUUACAAUGGAAUCAACAUAAUUGACCUGGCUAAAAGGCGGAAGCAUCAGAUUUACACCGUGGGCAAUGUCACUUUUUCCUGCUCCGAACCACAAAUUGUUCCCAUCACAUUUGUCAACUCCAGCAGCAGCUACCUGCUGCUGCCUGGCACCCCCAACAUCGACGGGGUCUCAGUGGGUUUCCAGUUUCGAACGUGGAACAAGGAUGGGCUGCUUCUGUCCACAGAGCUGUCUGAGGGCUCGGGGGCCCUGCUGCUGAGCCUGGAGGCCGGGACCCUGAGGCUCCUGAUUCAGAAAACGACAAGACGAGCAGCGGAAAUCCUCACAGGCAGCAACUUGAACGAUGGCUUGUGGCAUUCAGUCAGCAUCAACGCCAGGAGGAAUCGCAUCACUCUCACCCUGGAUAACGAUGCAGCGUCCCCUGCUCAGGACACCAGCCAGAUACAGAUUUAUUCUGGAAAUAGCUAUUACUUUGGAGGCUGCCCUGACAAUCUCACCGCUCCCCAAUGCUUAAAUCCUAUCGAGGCUUUCCAAGGCUGCAUGAGGCUCAUCUUUAUUGAUAACCAGCCCAAGGACCUCAUUUCAGUUCAGCAAGGCUCCCUGGGGAAUUUUAGUGAUUUACACAUUGAUCUGUGUAGCAUCAAAGACAGGUGUUUGCCAAACUACUGUGAACAUGGAGGAAGCUGUUCCCAGUCCUGGACCACCUUCUAUUGUAACUGCAGUGACACGGGCUACGUUGGCCCCACCUGCCAUCACCCCCUCUACGAGCGAUCCUGCGAGGUGUACCGGCACCGAGGGAACACCGCUGGCUUCUUCCACAUUGACCCGGAUGGCAGCGGGCCGCUGGGAGCUCUGCAGGUGUACUGCAAUGUCACAGAGGACAAGAUCUGGACAUCGGUGCAGCACAACAACACAGAGCUGACCCGUGUGCAGGGUGCCAGCCCCGAGAAGCCCUACUCCAUGGCCUUGGACUACGGGGGCAGCCUGGGGCAGCUGGAGGCCGUGAUCGACAGCUCGGAGCACUGUGAGCAGGAGGUGGCCUACUACUGCAGGAGGUCCCGCCUGCUCAACACCCCAGAUGGAGUUCCCUUUACCUGGUGGAUGGGCCGAUCAAAGGAAAGACACCCUUACUGGGGAGGCGCUCCUCCCGGGGUUCAGCAAUGUGAAUGUGGCCUGGAUGAGAUUUGCCUGGACAUUCAGUACUUUUGCAACUGUGAUGCUGACAAGGAUGAAUGGACAAAUGAUACUGGUUUUCUUUCCUUCAAAGACCACUUGCCUGUCACUCAGAUAGUUAUCACUGAUACCAACAGAUCAAACUCAGAAGCUGCUUGGAGAAUUGGUCCCUUGCGUUGCUAUGGCGACCGACACUUCUGGAACGCAGUCUCCUUUAAUACAGAAGCCUCCUACCUCCACUUUCCUACCUUCCAUGCGGAAUUCAGUGCUGACAUUUCCUUCUAUUUUAAAACCACGGCUCUCUCUGGAGUUUUCCUUGAAAACCUUGGCAUUACAGACUUCAUCCGCCUUGAAAUAAGCUCUCCUUCUGAGAUCACUUUUGCAAUUGAUGUUGGGAACGGCCCCGUAGAGCUCGUAGUCCAGUCUCCUUCUCCUCUGAAUGACAACCAAUGGCAUUACGUGCGGGCCGAGAGGAACCUCAAGGUGACCUCGCUGCAGGUGGACAGCCUCCCGAGGAUGAGCAGGGAGACUUCGGAGGAGGGCCACUUCCGGCUGCAGCUGAACAGCCAGCUGUUUGUAGGAGGAACAUCAUCAAAACAGAAAGGCUUUCUAGGAUGCAUACGCUCCUUACACUUGAAUGGGCAGAAACUGGACCUGGAGGAGCGGGCCAAGGUCACAUCUGGAGUCCGACCAGGAUGCCCAGGCCAUUGCAGUAGUUAUGGCAGCAUCUGCCACAAUGGGGGCAAGUGUGUGGAGAAGCGCAGUGGAUACUUCUGCGAUUGCACCAAUUCACCAUAUGAAGGGCCCUUUUGCAAAAAAGAGGUUUCUGCUGUUUUUGAGGCUGGCACUUCAGUUACUUACAUGUUUCAAGAACCCUACCCAGUGACCAAGAAUCUAAACCAGUCUUCCUCAGCAAUUUACGCAGAGCCGGCUCCAUCUAAGGAAAACAUCGCACUUAGCUUUGUGACAGCCCAGGCACCCAGCCUCUUGCUUUAUAUCAAUUCUUCCUCUCAGGACUUCCUGGCUGUCCUGCUCUGCAAGAAUGGAAGCUUACAAGUUCACUAUCAGCUGAGCAAGGAAGAAACCCAUGUGUUCACCAUUGAGGUAGAGAACUUUGCUAAUAGAAGGAUGCACCACUUGAAGAUUAACCGAGAGGGAAGAGAGCUUACCAUUCAGAUGGAUGAGCAUCUCCGGCUCAACUAUAACUUCUCCCCAGAAGCGGAGUUCAGGGCUGUGAGGUCACUCACCUUGGGCAAAGUCACAGAGAAUGUCGGAUUAGAUUCUGAAGUCGCGAAAGCAAACAGCCUGGGUUUUGUUGGGUGCCUGUCUUCAGUCCAGUACAACCACAUAGUACCGCUGAAGGCAGCUCUGCGCCACGCGACCAUCGCACCUGUGAUCAUUCAAGGAGCCCUGACAGAAGCCAGCUGUGGCUCUGGGACGGAUUUGGAUGUGAAUGCAGUGACUACAGUGCAUUCUUCCUCAGAUCCAUUUGGGAAGAGAGAUGAGCGAGAACCACUCACCAAUGCAAUUCAAAGUGACUCGGCUGUCAUUGGAGGAGUAAUCGCGGUGGUGAUAUUCAUCAUCUUCUCCAUUGUGGGCAUCAUGGUGCGGUUCCUUUACCGGCAUAAGCAGACACAUCGCACGAACCAGAUAAAGGAGAAGGAAUACCCAGCAAACUUGGACAGUUCCUUCAGAAAUGACAUUGACUUGCAAAAUACAGUGAGCGAGUGCAAGCGGGAAUACUUCAUUUGAAAAUCUACAGGGUCAACUAAUACUCUUUUGUUGUCAAUUUUUUCUCCUCCUCUUUCUCUGUCUCUUAAUUCUGGUUCUUUUCUUUUUCUUAUUUGUUCCCCAUUUAUUUUCAGAUCAUACCUGCAUCAACCAUGGCAUUUACCCCUGACCCAGCCCAGAAGACCAGGCAGCUAUGGCCACUGUCUUCCUCUUUGACAAACCUACUGUGAUGGUAAUGAUCACUCGAGACUGACUUGACCUCUAGACAAGGAAGAGACACGUGUGCACGUGUGCAUAUUCAGUUCUGCAUUCGUUUCUCAGAUGCACCUUCGGUUCGCUGCCAUCCGUCCAGCAGGCUUACUUUGAACCUGAGGUUGACUUAGCUAUUAUCAGCCAUCUUUGUCGUCCUCCCUAUAUCAAGUCUGUUCCAACCAGGGAACUGAGGGUAGGAAAGAAGAUGCUAGAGGCCUGGCUUCCUUCAGUGCCAUUUUAAAAGGAACAAGAGAGGAUUGUUUUGUGUUAAUAUCUGUAUCAUAGGAAUCCCAUUAACCUAACUCAUAACCUCUUUUCACUCUGACUCUUAUCCCCUGAGUAUUUUUAAACCUAGGGGUCCUGAUUGCAGUGAGCUGUUCUUGUGCUCCUGCCUUACCACUCUCUCCAGGGCUGACACACUGAACAGCAUACUCCAGCCUAACAUUAGAGGAAACAUGGGAAUAUGGGCUUAACACUAGGAGGAGGAAGAGUGCUGCUAGGAAGAUGUUCUAUAACUUCAAAAAUGCCUCAGCCAACUUCAUAAGAAAUGUUAGCUAGGUUAGUUCUGGGAUAUAUAUAUAAAAAAAUAUAUAUAAUUCAAAUAACAGUUUAAAUUGGUUCCAAGAACGAGCUUAAGCCAUCUUAAUUUAGCUUUAAAAAAAACACAAAAGAAGAAAAAUUCCAACCAAACACAAUUCUUCCCCUCCAUCUGCUCACUGGACAUCUUGUGAAGAAAGUAGAUGCAGGUUGCAUAUUUCAGAGCAAGUGUGAUGACCCCCCUGUCCAUUGAGCCAGCUCCUAGGAGGUUCAGGAUGCACUGGCGUCUGAGGCAUGGUUAGCUACAGCCAAUCCUCCCUGCUAACCUUCAGAGGAGCCUCUGGGCUCUGGAGCCCAUCACAUUUUCAAAUCUGCACACGUGCACACUCACACACAUACAUACACACGUCUUCUUAUAGGCAUAAUGUGCUAGACAAGGUGGAGACAGAUUUCCUAGCCUUUUCCCCUUUGAUGACAAAGCAUU